AUGGAUAUGGCAGCGAUCACGACAGUUGAGGCCAUCUAUGUACCAGACAACCUUGAUGGGAAGAGAUACAUGAAAAACCAACAAUGGCGGCUUCGAAUUUGGAUUUGCGCUGGAAUAUCUAGUUUGGUCGUGUUAUCAGCAGCAUUGGCAUUUAUUAUUCUUAUUUUGAACUUCUCAGCUUUUCUGUCGCAAACCUAUGAUCUCACUCAAGGUGAUAUGAGGCUGAUAUCGGUAUCUACGGCUUUCUGUGAAGACAUAUCGCUUGGACAAGAUUCCUCGAAACGGAAAUUGUGGAUUCUGCCGUCUUCACGCGUAAGUCCCCAACUGCGAAGAACAAAUAUUUCCACAGAUGUAUUAGUGUCAAAAUUUAAUUAUUGGUACAAGAGUUUCUAUUUACUAGAAGGAUCUUCUGUCGUUAUAAAUGCCGAGUCUAAUAGACUGUUGAAGCUUUUUAUUUUCAAGGACAGAAAAAGACUUGAUGAAUGGAUCCUUCAAAAUGGGGAUUCUUCGGAGGAAAGCGGCCUCUCUGAGGAGGAAUCCUUCUCGCAGCCUUCCAGAAUAUCUUACACUCUUUCCGCAAAAGAAACAGGCUACUUCUUUAUUCUUUUUAAAUACUCCAAAAAAGAGAACGAAGUUUCAAAAAUGAACCUUGGUAUGAUUAUAAGCCGCAAAGUGUACGAUGUGGAUUCUUCAGUUUUCAGUUGUAGCGCUGGUGCGGACGAAGCAUGUUCGGCGAGAUUACUGUUUGGGUCAUCCGAGGUCGGCGUGCUUGAAGUAACACAGAACCUUGAUUAUCACAGUAAUGACCUUGUAACAACUUGGCGUUGUGAGCCCCGUAUUUGGUUUUACUUGGCGGUCUUUGCUGGACCUGUUUUGCUUUUCACUGUUGGAAGCUUUUUGUUUUAUUUUGUAUUUAUCAACCGAAAGAGAGACAGCAUUAUUCAGAGACUUGCGUUUCACAGACAGAACGCACUUAGGCGAGCAAGUGGUAGUGACCGAUGUAACACCCUUGGCAAUAAGAGUUUAAACGGUUCGCUGAGGCCAACAAGUCGAACCUCAAGUAUACGUAGCCUGGGCAAUCAAACUGACGUGUCACGCACCGCUUCUCUGCAGCCUGUUGUGACAACUAUGUAUACUGGAAACGCAGCAAGCGAAGACAGCGGUCACGACACUGAUGACGAUAACAAAAGGAUCAGCAACACUUGUCGCGGCUCUAAAAGGCGAACAUCUUCAGUUGACGGAGCGUCUUUAGUGUCUCAAGAAAGUGUUUCUAGAAGACCCAGCUUCAGCACAUUCCAAGGGAGUGACGAUGAACGCACAAAUGCCGUUGGAAAUCAUAUGCGGCAAAGUGAAUCAGCGCGCAAAGGGCUCACUGAUGACAGAGCACGUAAGAAAAGAUCAGAUCGUCGUGAAAUGCUGGAGAAAAUUCCUGAUGGCACUGUUCCUAGAAACCAUUCAACUCGGCGAAACUCCAACGAGAAAUUGAUUGAGCACACAAUUCGCACGUUGCCAUUCGACCGAAGCAACACCCCACGGGCUGGACACUCUGACAGUCACCUUGAACUUGAGCUGCUACACAAACCUAGGAACUCGUCAUCUCGGCGAUAUUCCAGUGAAGAAUUACUUGACCACGCAUUGCCACGUAACGGUAACUACUCAGCAGCUAGUGGCCGACUUGAUCGUCAACCACAGACUGAGAUUGAAAGCCCGAUCAGUAAACCUGACAAUGAUAAAUCCAAGGGGACCUCAACUCGUAGACACUUAAGUGAUAAGUUAUAUAACGACGCAGCUAUAACAUUGCCGCGUAACCGAGGCAAUACAGUACCCACUAGCCACUUUAACAGUCAUCUUGAGCCUGAACACGAUAGACCCGCCUCUCUUCCAUCUUUGCAGUGCCCUGAUGGUGCGUGGGGACUCCCUUUGGAUUUGAUACCUGAAUCCCAACAAAAAGCUCGCUCUGAGCUGUCGUUUAUCCCACCUCGAGAGGAAGACAGUGAUGUCUUGGAGCCUCAGAAGAUCAAAUUACGGACAAGUUCCGGGCGACGACGGGACAUGGGAUGGACUCCGAGAUUGUCCAUCGUCUCUGAGGCUUAA